UAGUGCAAAGAGCAAGGUAUAGCUGUACUGCACGCGAUCUAUCGUAUCGCAAGAUCGUGUGAAAGCGCGCCUGAAGUGCUCAUCUACUCUUCAAUUAAUCGAAUCAUUCCGAUUACGAGAUCAAAUUAUCACGUCAAGAUAUUCCUUUUAAGCUUGAAAAAUUUCUUCAAUCAAUAACGAGCACUGUCUAAUUCUAAAAUUCCUAAGCGCGAGCUCGCGUGAGAAUCGCGAAUUCGAAGGGGUGCCCUGAAAUUCGAAACGGGUGAGCGCCGGGGGUGAGGAGGAGGAGGAAGAGGAGGAGGAGGAAGAAAAAUCGGGCGAGAAGAAGAGGAGGUGUCAGUCGCUAUUACUUCGUCGAUCGUGCCCGGCACGUGCGCGUACCCGGCCCCUCGUGCCUUUGGAAGAAGAAGGGUGCAUCGGCGGAAGGAGUGAAGAAGGAGAGAAGAAGAAAAGGAAGCGGUCGAAGCGAAAAGUGACGGCAGUGCGCUCCGAACCGUCAAGCGGGACGCUGGAGGAAGAGAGCGAAAUCGGUGCACGCGCGCGCGUUCAAAUGCGUGCCGUAGUACCACGUGACUCUCUCGGGAUACCCUCAACCCCCGCUUAAAUAUCGGGAUCGUCGUCGCGCGGCACUCGAUCGGAGAGAUUACGGACCACCGCGAAUUUUCAUGUCGCAUCAACCGUACGAAUGGAUCAAUAGAAAAACACAGUGCUGUUGUGAUUCGUUAACGAGACUAAGAUGAUUCGCGUGAGGAUAGAUUCGCGCUGUUGUACGCGCACGGAUUGAAGGUGAUCGACAUGAACUGCGAUGAUUGCGUGUGAAUGAAGAUACGAAGAUUUGUCGCGUGAGAACAGCAGCUGUACUAUUUAGCAUACGAGGGUGUAUCAAGAUGAAGACGGCGUUGCAGAUUAUGCCGUACUUGGCGGCGUUGAUCCUGACAAUAAUCGCCGAGGACAAGCCAACAAAUACGGUCUCCGUUUCCUCGGUCUCCUUGGGCUCGCCGGAGGAGUAUCAGAGCAACACGAUAAGGAAGGUGAUGAGCUACUUGGGGAAAUACGGUCUGGACGACCAGCGGGCCCUGAAGAGGGUGUAUCUAAGCAACAGAUCGAUCACCUGCAACGAUGGAUCGCAGGCCGGUUUCUACCUACGAAAGUCCCACGGUUCCAGGCGGUGGAUCAUGUACCUGGAGGGCGGCUGGUACUGCUACGACCAAAAGAGCUGUAGGACCAGGUGGAUGCGGAUGCGGCAUCUGAUGACGUCAACCCAGUGGCCCGAGACACGCGACGUGGGCGGGAUGCUCUCGCCGAAUCCCGACGAGAAUCCAUUCUUUUGGGGUACGAAUCACGUUUUCGUUCCUUAUUGCACGAGCGACAGCUGGAGCGGCACUAGGGCCUUCAGGUCGCCGAACGACAUGUUUUCCUUCAUGGGGGCAGAGAUCGUGGUCCAGAUCAUCCGGGACUUGGUUCCCCUUGGCCUCGAAAACGCGAGCGCCUUUCUUUUAGCCGGUAGCAGCGCGGGCGGCACCGGCGUUAUGCUGAAUUUGAAUCGCGUUCACAAUCUGAUACAUCAUGAAUUGGGCUUGAGACACGUUGCUAUACGUGGUGUGUCGGAUUCCGGAUGGUUCCUCGAUAGAGCGCCUUACUCUCCGAACGGCCUGUCGCCGGUCGAUGCGAUACAAAAAGGAAUGGAAUUAUGGAACUCUCGGAUGCCACGUAAUUGCGAAGUUAGAUAUCCUAACGAGCCGUGGAAGUGCUUCUUUGGAUAUCGACUUUAUCCAACUUUGUCCGCACCGUUGUUCGUCUUCCAAUGGAUAUUCGACGAGGCACAAAUGAAAGCCUACAACGUCGCCGCGCCAGUAACGAGACAGCAAUGGGACUACAUACAUAAAAUGGGCGACAGUCUUCGGCAGACGUUUGAAAAUGUUACCGCGGUCUUUGCCCCGAGUUGCAUUAGUCACAGCGUCCUGACGAAAAGGGAUUGGAAGAUGAUUAAAAUAGACGAGGUUUCCUUCGCCCAGGCAUUGUUCUGUUGGGAUCAAAUGCCGGUCGGGAAUUAUCGUAGCAACGAACACAACAAUACUCACUCGCAAAUCGAGACCAAUCAACCGUGCGGAAAGUCGCUAAAAAAGCUACUGCGUUCUGGUAUCAGAAAGGGAAAUGGUACCGCGAUCGAGGACGGAAAAAGCAGAGUUGGCUCCUCUACGGAAAUGCAAAAAGCACGAUUGUCCGCCGUUGGCAAAAUGCAGGAAAGAAAGCCGGUCUCCGGUUCGAUUCAAGAGCAGGAGAAUAAGAAGAGGCGAAAGAGGAAACAUAAAAGCAGAAGGAGAGACAGAAAGGAGAGAGAGAGAAGUAAAGAGGAGAGAAUGAAAAAAGAGAAACACCAGCGGAGAAAGAACGCCGGUCGUCGCAAGGGCGGCAAACAAGUUAACGGCAACAACCAUACGGCCAUAUUUAACGGCAUCAGGCCGCAGCGAUCGGUGAUACCGUCGUUCAAACGGAAGUGCGUCAAGAACUGCCAUUUCCGUAUGAUAGAGCGCUGCACUUGGCCGCAAUGUAACCAUAGCUGCCCCAAACUGCAUAAUCCCUUUACGGGCGAGGAAAUGGACUUCAUUGAACUGCUCAAGAGCUUUGGUCUAGACAUGAAAAGUGUCGCGAAUGCCCUCGGCAUCGAUAUACAUACAUUGAAUAGACUCGCUUCGCUGAAAAGACGAGAAAGCCCAGAGAGUGGAAAUUUCAAUUGGCAUUUUCGCUGACGGACAGGGGAAAACAAGAGAGUUCUGGCGUGUAGAAAGUGUAUAUUUCAUUGUAAUUGUACGACUACACGAAUAUCUUAAUUUAUUAUAAUUUAUAGGUAAAAUAACCGAUCAUGUAAGUAUGUUUUACGAAUUAAUUCGUAUACGUUCAUUGCGCAGAGUUUGUCGCCAAAAUUAGAAAUCGGGCGAAAGGCAGAACCCUCCCUAACUUCAUAUAUCUGUUCGAAUGCAAUUCUUUUCAUUUCGAUUGUCCUUUGAUUGUCUUUUGUAAAAAGAUCCUUUUCUUUAUUAAACACAUCUUUGUGUUCAUCACGUCAUAUAGAUUCAGUUUGCCGUGUCAUUUAGAACAGAAUCAGCGUAAAACUCAGUCAUACAUGAAAGACUGUGAGGAUCUUCCAAUGUUGCAAAUAGGACUGUUUCUUUUAUGUAACGUCGGAACGGAAACUCAUCAAUAAACAAUUGACCGACCGACAAGGCAGCUUCAUAGACUGAUUAAAUUAUCUACCUCAACGAAUCAAAUCGUAUUAAUAUCCUUCAUGUACUAUAAUUGUCAGAUUAGAACAUCACGAUAAGAACAAUGUUACUGUAAGUUGAUACGCGUAAAAUAUAUAUAUUGUACCUAUGUCUUCAGUUUUGUAAUAUAACUCUGCCAAGGUAAUGUUAUUUAUUUAAUAUAGUAUAGUAUCCGAUGAUUGCAGCGGCAUAUUUUUUUGUCGUGUGCACAUAUAUACAUAAUAUAUCGAUGGUACCAAUGACAUUUUAACUACGAAACUAUAUAUUCUCUCGAGAAGGUUAUUUGUCCAAUAAUUUCUUUCCUGAUUAUAUUUUGUUUAUAUCGAUUGUACGGUAUAAAAAGUAUUAAAUAAAUAUAUUACAGACUUAAGAAUCGAAAUGACACAAUAUCUACAAUACUUUUCUCAAACAUUUGACAAAUAAAAUGAUCAUAACUUAAUGUCCAAAUUAAUGCCCAAAAAUGCACUUAUUUUUAUUGAUACCAUCGAUAUA